AUGGACACGCACUCUUCUCACCUCGCCGUGUCCAACCGUUCCCGGAGCUCACAGUCCCCUUCGCCGUCCCACUCGGCCUCCGCCUCCGCCACCUCCUCCAUCCACAAGCGCAAGCUCGCGUCUGAGGACCACGCGCCUCCCUUCCCUCCCUCCUCCUUCUCCGCAGACACUCGCGACGGCGCCCUCACCUCCAACGACGACCUCGAGAGCAUCUCCGCCCGCUGCGGCGGCGCCGACUCCGACUCCGACGAUGAGUCCGAGGCCCUGGGCGACGACGACGAGGACUUCGACCACGACUCCUCCAUGCGAAACUUCACCGCGGCGCGCCUCGACAACAGCGGCGGUUCCGCCGCGGCCUCGGCGCGCAAUUCGAAGCUCAAGACGGAGAAUUUGACCGUUAAGAUUGAGAAUUCGGAUGGUGGAGUUAAGGACGGCGGCGGGAAUGCCGGGACCGGCGCGGUGGGGCCUACUUCGUCGGUGCCGGGAAUAAUGGUGAAGGAGGACGCAACUAAAAUAUUCACAGAGAAUAUACAAACCAGUGGAGCUUAUAGCGCUAGAGAAGAGCUAUUGAAAAGAGAGGAGGAAGCGGGGAGGCUCAAGUUUGCAACGCUUUCGAAUGAUGGUGUAGAUGAGCAUAUGAUCUGGUUGGUAGGAUUGAAGAACAUAUUUGCCAGGCAACUACCAAACAUGCCCAAGGAGUACAUUGUUCGACUGGUUAUGGAUAGGAGCCAUAAGUCGGUUAUGGUUAUCAGACGUAAUCAUGUUGUUGGUGGCAUAACUUAUCGACCAUAUGUCAGCCAAAGGUUCGGAGAGAUAGCUUUUUGCGCAAUCACAGCUGAUGAACAAGUAAAAGGUUAUGGCACCAGACUUAUGAAUCACUUAAAACAGCAUGCACGGGAUGUUGAUGGGCUAACCCAUUUCCUGACAUAUGCUGACAAUAAUGCUGUUGGCUAUUUUAUUAAACAGGGUUUUACGAAAGAGAUCUACUUGGAGAAGGACAGAUGGCAUGGCUAUAUAAAGGAUUAUGAUGGAGGAAUCCUAAUGGAAUGCAAAAUAGACCCAAAACUUCCAUAUACUGAUUUAUCAACUAUGAUUCGUCGUCAAAGGCAGGCAAUUGAUGAAAAGAUAAGAGAGCUCUCAAAUUGUCAUAUUGUUUAUCCUGGCAUUGAUUUCCAAAAGAAAGAAGCUGGUAUUCCUAAAAAGCUCAUCAAGGUCGAGGACAUCCCUGGCUUAAGGGAGGCCGGGUGGACCCCUGAUCAAUGGGGCCAUUCACGUUUUGGAGCAUUGACAGCUUCCACAGAGAAUGCCAAAAAGCAUUUGACUGCUUUCAUGCGUGCACUUCUAAAGUCUAUGCAUGACCAUGUUGAUGCGUGGCCAUUCAAGGAACCAGUCGAUGCACGUGAUGUUCCUGAUUAUUAUGACAUUAUCAAAGAUCCUAUGGAUCUAAAGACAAUGUCAAAGAGGGUAGAGUCAGAGCAGUAUUAUGUAACAUUUGAGAUGUUUGUUGCGGAUGCCAAGAGGAUGUUCGCAAAUGCAUGCACUUAUAAUUCUCCUGAUACUAUUUAUUACAAGUGUGCAAGAAGGCUGGCAUCUCACUUUGAAAGCAAAGUGCAAUCAGGUCUCCAAGCUGGUGCCAAAAUACAGUAGUCAAUUUAAUGAACAUAGUACCAUUCGUAUCAUUAUUUUCAGUUCAUGUAAUAAUGUUUUCUUGUUUCUUUCAAAUGUAAGACUUUUAAGACCAUUAAG